GGCUGAUGCAAUGAAAAAGACACAGGUGUCAGUGGAGACCGAGAUGUUCAAGAAUUUAUGUUCAUCUGCUGAGGAGAGAAAAGUUGAUAUGUAAUUUAUUUAACAACUAAUACGAUUUGGAGUUUUUUUUUCCCACCAGUUUCCGGUUUGUUUUAAUAACAUUCAUGCUUGUGUUUUAGGGAUUAGGCUUUGCAAUGGUUAUAUAUUAACGAUUUUCUUUAAUAAUUUGUAAAUGUGUGACACGACGAAUAUUAUUGUGUAGAGGGUACGUUUUAUUUCAUACCAAUUCAAUCGCAGAUGGUUGUAAACACGUCAGACCAAACAUUUAUUCAGAGAAAACAGAAACUGUUUAUUAAAAAUGCCUGGCCACAGGUGAAGCCUUUGAUAAAUCGUCGACAAUUUUUUAUAUCCAUAAAUUUAAUAUCAAGGUAAUUCAAUAGUCAUCAGUUUAAGAAUGAAAUGAAACUAUGGUUUGAAACAGAAGAGGAACUAUCUGAAAGCAAAAAAAUCAGAGCAAUUAACAAAGACUUGAAUGCCUCUUUCAGACUCAGGAUUGUCUAUGUACCCGAUAACUGUUUUUUUUUUAUUUUUCUAUCAUUCACCCUUGUGUUUUAGCUUUCUUUAUCCAUUCAUAACUUCUACAUAAAACUUGCUUAAAUUGUAGAAAUCGAGCUGUUGUGUUUGCUGAUGUAAUUUCCGCCGGUGCCACGAAUCAACGGAAUCAUUUACUUCCGCGCUGUGUUUCCGAGGGACGUAUUUGUCUGUUGGACUUCUUUGCACGCUGCAGUUUACUAAACAGCAUCAUGCCGACUGACACUAAACGUGUUCGCGGCCCAGAGGUGUCUCAAAGUCCGUCACUGUUCUCCUGUAAACCGGCGGCGGUUCUCCCUCCACACGGCCCCAGAGCAGACGGUCGUCAGCGGGAUCAGGUGGACGUCCGGCCCGUGUUCGUCCGCUGUGGGCUGGUGAGCCAGGCUAAAGGGUCUGCGUACAUCGAGGCUGGAAACACCAAACUGAUGAGCUGCGUUUACGGCCCCAGAGAAACCGAGCGAAAAGAUGAGACCGAUAUGAAGUGUGGAAGGUAUGAAGUGCUUUAUUACACAUAUGCAUCUGUUAUUUUACUCUGUAUUUCACAGGUGUCAAACUCAAGGCUGCUGGAAGAGAGUAGGUGAGUUGUGUUUGGUCUCUUUGCUAAAGAAACCAGGUAAAGUUAAAACGGUGUUUGAUGACUGGUACUACGGCUGGGACCCUACAUGUACUGUUGAUGAGUUAGGUGCUGCUCUGAGCAUUAUUUGUGGCUAUAGAGUGGCUUUUUGGUUGAGGUUUGUGUACGGCUCCUCAGACCACUGUGUAUUGCUAUCGUGUGGUCAUUACUAAAGUUGGUAUUACUAGAGAAGCAAGCAGGAAUACCCCUUUUUAAAUAAGCCUCUAAUGGUUACCCCUAUAGCUCCUACAUUACUCACAUAUACACUUUAACAAAACACUAUCACUCUGUCUUUCUCUUUAUGUCCAGGUUGACGACUGACAUGCGGUUUGCUCCAUUUUCUUGCCCAGAGAGGGGCUCCUGGAUCCAGGGGAGCCAGGACAAGGACCUCUCACUGAUGCUGCACGAGAGCCUGCAGCCAGCCGUGUGCCUCCACAAAUAUCCCCGCUCACAGAUCGAGGUCAAUGUGAUGGUUCUUGAGAACAGUGGCUCUGUUCUGGCCCAUGCAGUCACAUGUGCCUCCCUGGCUCUUGCAGAUGCAGGGAUUGAAAUGUAUGAUCUAGUGCUUGGUUGUUCUAUUCGCCAGGACGGUUCAUCUCAUGUUGUGGAUCCCACGUACAUGGAGGAAAACAGCUGCGGCUCCGUCAGCAGUGAGAACCAGGGCGGUCUGACUGUUGCGUUUCUCCCCAGUUUGAACCAGAUUUCUGGUCUGCAGUCAGAUGGAGAAAUGACUGAAGAGACUCUGACUGCUGGGGUUCGAACCUGCAUCGAGGGAUGCUACAAACUCUACCCCGUCAUCCAGCAAGCUUUGGCGAAAGCUGUGCGCAGGGCUGCUGCCCCACCAUCAGAGAGCUGAGAGACUCUUAAGCGACUCAGUCUUUGCAUUUUCUACAACAAAUUUUCAGCCUUUGCUCUUAUAUUGUGUACUGCUCUCUGUUUUCUAUUUUGUUUUGUAGAAUAAAGAAUUAUAGUGCUGAU